CUCUGCUGCUUCCAUUCCUUUCUGAUACUGCCUGGUUAGGGUGACCAUGCCUAGCCCUGGAGGUCUGCACUGCACCUUGUGAUGACACCUCUUCCUGCCUCUGUGCCCUUCACCGCCUUUCCUGCCUCAGGGUCCUGCAAAUGCCCUCUUUGCCAUGUCCUUGGCAGCCAGGCUAUUUCUUCCUUCUUUCCUAGGGUACUAGGGAAUUCUCCCUCUGACCCAACUGGCUGUCCAGGAAACAGUGACCCAGUAUCUUUUUGAGUAGUAUACUUGUCGCGGCCACCUCCCUCCCUUCAAGCACCGGAACAGGAAUGACUUAGUGAGGCCCAUUAUCACACCUGUGGCUGCCUGCCCCACCCUGCUCCUGUAACUGCACCUUUGCUCCCCCAGGCUCCCUGGAUAGUUUUGGACAGCUGGGUGCCAGGCCCUUUCUGCUCAGACACUGAUGGGUAAGCAAGUCCUUGUUCUCUAUGACAGACUCAGGAGUGCCUGCAGUGGGCAGGUACAGCAUUGACUACACAACCUUGGGAGGCCAGGCCCGCAGUGUUGGAUACCUAGCUCUGGAAUGAAAUCUUCAGGAGAGGCCAUGAAUGGCCUAGCCUUCUAGCUACUCUCACGUCUUGAUGGUGUCCUUCACCUGAAGUCAGGUGAGGCAGGAAAGAAAGGCCUUAGAGGAGCAUUUUCUUAUCUGUGGGUUAUGACCUCCUUGGGGGUCGAAUGACACUUUCACAGGGGUUGCAUAUCAGAUAUCGUCCAUAUCAGAUAUUUCCAUUAUGAUUCAUAACAGUAGCAAAAUUAGAGUUAUGCAGUAGCAAUGAAAACAAUUUUAAGGUUGGGGUUACCACAACUGUAUUAAAGGGUCACAGCAUCAGGAAGGUUGAGAAGCACUGCUCUACAGUCUUAGAGGUAUCCAGACUGCCUCUUUCCACUUCUGAAAUGGAAAAAAUCGGCUCAGGCUGUUUGGGUCAGGCCUCAUUACCUCAUGGCCUUCCUUUGCCUGCCCAUCCUCCCUGCCUUCUCCAAAACUCUACUAAAUAAAUGCUUGUAACAACAUUAGGUGUCAAACCCAACAGCAGAGAUCACCUUCCUGCUUGCUGCUAGAAAGUGGGGCCACAAGGUAAGGGUGAUCUGCAACCAGACAGUUCUGCAUUGGAGAUGUUCCUGAGGCCACCCCUGUUUACUAAAGUAAGACUUAGGUCCUGUUCUCAGCAUGAUUUUCCAUUCACAGACUAAACAUAACCCAAGUAGAUACCCCGUCACUCCUGAGAUUAUGGUAAUCUCAUGAAGGGCGUCUAUAUCCCCACUGAUGGAGGAAACCAAGACCUGGAGAAGAGGAUCAGCUGUCUGUGUGUAAUGUGUCCCAGUAUAGGGCUUAGGAAGCACCACACCUGGUUUAUCCAGAUCUGGCAACCACAACCCAGACCCUAUGAGACUUUGAGGUAGGGCUUGGCGGAAAACAGGCUUCCAUCACACUCUGACUUCCUCCUGCCUGUGAGGACACAUUCCUCUUGGUCCAUGACAGUACUCAUCACUCACUGGAACCUGCGUGCGGCUGGAGCCCUGCUUCCCAGUCUGUAAACAUGGGGCGUGUGUCCUGGUGGCUGCAAGCUCACGAGGGGGCGGUAAGCAAGCCGGCUGCACAGGUCCUGCGGCCUCAGGCCUCCAGAUUGCCCAACUGGUGGCUAGGGGCGGGCUGUGGCCUCUGAUUAAAGGCUGCCUGGAGCAGCCUGUGCAGAGACAGGUGCCCAGCAGCCCAGGAAGCCAGCUGAAGCCUGCCCCAGGUAAGCCAGUGUGGUGGGGAUGGGUGGACAGUGCCAUGAGCCAGGAGGCAGGUAGAAGCCAACCUAAGGCAGCACUUGUUUGGUAGAAAAAUGGGGAAAUUAGGGUCUUAAUGUAACAUGCCUCUGGUGUCUGCUACCCAAAGGUAGAAAGCAGGGCAUAAUGCCUGAGGCUCCCAGCCAAGGUGUCUACCAAGAAGCUGGGCCAAGGCACCAUCUGUGGAUUACACCUGCCUCCCUCCUUGCUGGAGACAGUGACUAGGUAUGGGCCUCACAGCAAAAGGGAGAGGGACCUGGGCACAGCAGGCCUUUUGUGUCUGGUUAGGUGGCAGAACUAAGAUUAGCUGCAGAGAGACCUGGGAAAAGGAGGAGGAGGGAUGGACAGCAGUAACAGAUCCUGGUCACUUGAUCUCAGCCCCAUAGUGUCCCCUUAAAAGUGUCCCUGGAUAUGAGUCUUAGAAACUUUGCCUAGCACCAAAGGUCUCAUGAGGUGGGGUGGAGCCAUAGGAAGUGAGGCCCUGAGUGAUAGAGCUUUGACCUGAGGGGCUGCGGGCAAAAGGGCCUUGGUCCCAUUUCUUUAGUCCUCUGGCUUAUGCCACUUGUUCUGGUGCUUUAGGCCUCACUGUUCCUGUGAGAACGUCAGCAUGUCUGAGCCGCCCCGGGCUGAGACCUUUGUAUUCCUGGACCUGGAAGCCACUGGGCUCCCAAACAUGGAUCCUGAGAUUGCGGAGAUAUCCCUUUUUGCUGUUCAUCGCUCUUGCUUGGAGAACCCAGAGCGGGACGAUUCUGGUGCUCUGGUGCUGCCCCGUGUGCUGGACAAGCUGACACUGUGCAUGUGCCCGGAGCGCCCCUUUACUGCCAAGGCCAGUGAGAUUACUGGUUUGAGCAGCGAAGGCCUGAUGCACUGCCGAAAGGCAGCUUUCAAUGACGAUGUGGUGCGGACACUGCAGGGCUUCCUGAGCCGCCAGGAAGGCCCCAUCUGCCUCGUGGCCCACAAUGGCUUUGAUUAUGACUUCCCACUGCUUUGCACAGAGCUACAACGCCUGGGUGCUCAUCUGCCCCAAGACACUGUCUGCCUGGACACACUGCCUGCGUUGAGGGGCCUGGACCGUGCUCACAGUCAUGGCACCAGGGCUCAAGGCCGCAAGAGCUACAGCCUGGCUAGUCUCUUCCACCGCUACUUCCAGGCUGAGCCCAGUGCUGCACAUUCAGCAGAGGGGGAUGUGCACACACUGCUUCUGAUCUUCCUGCAUCGGGCUGCUGAGCUGCUCACCUGGGCCGAUGAGCAGGCCCGCAGCUGGGCUCACAUUGAGCCCAUGUAUGUGCCAUCUGAUGGUCCAAACUUUGAGGCCUGAGACAUGUUCUCGCUCUCUGUAGUGCCUACCUGGCCUUCCUCGGCCUGGCCUAACUGGCCAUAGGGUCCCAGAGCCCUCUUUGUGCCCUCCCUACCCUCUGGCCAGCCUGGGCUCCUGCAGGUUGCUCCUUCAGGGCUUCUGCCUUUCCUCCCAUUUCUCAAUAAA